AUGAUCCCCUCGAUACUGGCCAGGAGAUGGCUCACACGCGCCCCAGCUCUGCGGACACCUCUACGGUAUGCUAUACCAAGCAGAACACCCGCUCGGACCAUUGUCAUACAAGCUCCUGGGCCGUCGGACGAGCGACAACCCCUCGAGAUUGUUGAUGCCUCCCCCACCUCUGAUCCCUUUCGCAAUCAGCACCCCUACGCCGCCAUCGAGCCUCCUACUCCCCAAAAUCAGACCGAGGAAACGUCUCCCACCACCGCUACGGUCCCGGCUACGUCUCUCCCUGCACCUCCUGCCUCGGUGCCUUUUCGCCCUCUCUACCUCCAACACCCCUUUGAUACGCACGCCUUUGUCGCCUAUCUGGAAAAGCACGAUGUCUCCCUUGGCACCGCGCGUGUCCUCAUGGAGGCGGUCAGGCGCUUCAUCGUGCGCAGAGGCGAGGUCGCGCGGGAUUGCAUGCUAGGCAAGGAGGAUAUGGAAAACGCGGCGUAUCUCUUCCGGGCGGCACUGAAUGAACUGCGGACGGAGUUGAGCGUACGAACGCGGAAUGACGGAACGGCGCUCAAGGCCAUGUCGAGUGCGAUCAGAAGAGAAGUGGACCAGCUGGAGCAGAAGUUGAAGGAAGAUGUUCAGACUUUGAAGCAUGAUAUCGAGAUGGACAUGAACAAUAGGAAGGCGGAUACGAGGACAGAAAUGAAGGGAUUUGACAUGGAGAUUGAGGAAAUCAACAACAAGUUUACCAUCUCGCUUGGAGACCUGCGGACGGAAAUUGAGUCUGCCAAGUGGGACUCUGUGCGGCGCGCGAUCUCUAUCAUCGUCGUCGUCGUUCUCUUUGGCGUCGGUACCUCCAUCUACUACGCACCACCCAACAAUCCCCCUCCCCCAGCUGUCGCGCCCAUCAAGCCCGCACCCGCCAUGCGAGACAUGAGCACUUCAACGGACGACGAGCUGAUGACGGACGAGGCGGUGGUGACGAUCUCGGAAGAGAAGCUGGAGAAGCUGUUGAUGGACAAGGGAGUGGCGGAUAUCGCUACCGGGCGAGGCAAGCGGGCGAGGGUGGAGAAGGAGGAGGUCCAUGUCGAUCGGAUCUAG